UAAUUCCGUUUUUUUAAAAUUUUGCUUAUUGUUAUUAAAUAAUUGAUUGUAGGGCGUGUGUAAGAUUAUGGUUAUUAAUCUAGGUGUGUACGUGUUUGUGUAAUUUUGUUCUGUCGACAUAUGGUUGGUGUGUAUUUGAGUCGUUACAGUAUACCUUGACACAUAACUCACACACACACAAACACACACAGGCGCAUUCUUAUUUGUGUUCACACUUAACACAAUAAGGCGCUAUACACACAAAACAUAUUGAACAUAUCCACCGGUAAAUAAAAGUUGAUAUUACACCGGGAAAAUAAUUCUACUCUACUCUACUCAACUCAACUCUAAUUUUUUUUAAAAACUUUCUUCUGGAAUUAUAUUCAUCAAACUCCAGUUCAUACAAAACAAAGCCAAAACUAUGGAUAAAACUGAAAUAAUAACAAAAACAGAUGAUACUACCGUAGUCAAACGUAAAAAAUCUAGCAAAUUUGGACGCUUUCUUUCCCAUUUAAAGCGUAAAUCACAUCAUACAUCGACUGCAACCACAACAUCUCUAUCGUCAAUUCAACAACCAUCAACAGCAAGUGUUUCUUCAAUCAAUACACAUCGUGCACAUGGUUGUUCAACAUUUUCAAAUUGGUUUAAUAAAAACAAAGAGAAUGUUCAUGAUAAAAGAUCUACAGUUAAACAUAAAAAGUAUAAAGAAGUUCAAGGAACUGUUAUGUUUGAUCAAACAACUCACUCGGAUGUAUAUGAUCGAAUUUUAAAGAAUAGUAUACUUGGUACUAAAUUGGUUAAAAAAGCUGUAAUAUGCAAUCGAAACUCCGGAGCUAUCAAUGCCUAUGGACCAGAGGAUUUUACACCGUCUGUAGAACAAAUCAAUAAGUUUUUAAUGUUAUCACAAGCUGAACGUGCAGAUCGUGUUAUUCUGGAUAAACACUUUGAAAUCGGUAUGGAUAAAUGCUUGUACAAAGAUGUGGAAGAUGAUACAGGCGUACUGGUAGCCGAUGUAAUCCAGUAUUACACCAUACCAAAUGCAAAUGAACAGCAUAGUAGUACUGUUGAUAAGUAUGAGUUAGCUGGCCUGCUGACAAAGAAUUCAAUACUUAUUGGCAUUUAUACUGCUGAGCAUAGAAAAAAAGAGUCAAAACAAUUAUUACUUGAAAUGAGAGAUUAUUUACAUGCACAAGGAAUGUAA